AUGGCUCCUGAUCUCAACACCAUGCCGCCCUCGGCAGUCCAAGUGCCCGUGUCCGGCCCUGGUGCUGCCACUGAGCCGCCCAAUAUCUUGUACAUCAUGGCCGAUCAGCUUGCCGCGCCACAGCUUAAAAUGUACAACCCCGAGUCUCAGAUCAAGACGCCUCACCUUGACCGCCUGGCCGCUCAGUCGGUCCAGUUUGACUCGGCGUACUGUCCUUCUCCGCUCUGCGCUCCCUCGCGCAUGAGCAUGGUUUCGGGCUUGCUGCCCAUGAAGAUUGGUGCUUUCGACAAUGCCUCGCAGAUCAACUCGGAAAUUCCCACCUACGCCCAUUAUUUGCGCUCCAAGGGUUAUCACACAGCUUUGGCGGGAAAGAUGCACUUUGUCGGAGAUCAACUCCAUGGCUACGAGCAGCGCCUGACAUCGGACAUUUACCCUGGUGACUUUGGGUGGGCUGUCAACUGGGACGAGCCUGAUACUCGUCUGGAGUGGUAUCACAACGCCAGCUCCAUUCUGCAAGCUGGUCCUUGCGCUCGUAGCAACCAGCUCGACUACGAUGAAGAGGUCAUGUUCAAGAGCACCCAAUACAUUUGGGACCACGUGCGCGAGGGGCCCAACAAGCGACCCUUCUGCUUGACUGUAUCCCUCACUCACCCGCACGACCCUUACACUAUCACGAAAAAGUACUGGGACCGCUAUGAAGAUGUGGACCCGACCCUUCCCAAGGUCUGCAUUCCAAAGGAGGAGCAGGACUCCCACAGCAAGCGCCUGCUCAAGGUCUGUGAUCUCUGGGACCAAGAUUUCACCGAUGAACAGAUCAAGCGUGCGAAGCGCGCCUACUAUGGCUCCGUCAGCUACGUCGAUGAUAACAUUGGCAAGCUGCUCGAGACUUUGGAGGACGCCGGUCUUGCCGACAACACUAUUGUCAUUUUCAGCGGCGACCACGGCGACAUGCUGGGCGAGCGUGGCUUGUGGUACAAGAUGAGCUACUUUGAGUCGUCGGUCCGCGUUCCCAUGCUCAUCUCCUAUCCCAAGUGGUUCGCCCCUCACCGCGUGUCGCAGAACGUCUCAACUCUCGACAUUCUGCCUACGCUUUGCGACCUGGUCAACACCAAGCCCUCGCCUUAUCUCCCAAUGGACGGCGUGAGCAUGCUCCCCCAUCUCAAGGGCGAGCAAGGCGGUGACACCGUGUUUGCCGAGUACACUGGUGAGGGCACUGUCCGCCCCCUGUUCAUGAUCCGCCGUGGCGACUGGAAGUUCAUCACCUGCCCCGCGGAUGACCCCCAGCUGUUCAACCUCAGGCGCGACCCCGAGGAGCUGGAUAACCUGGCCCGGUUCCGCAAGAUCCAACCGCAGACGCCAGAGCAGCAAGAGGCUAAGGAGAUGUUUGAAAAAUUCGAGGCCGAGGCAGCUGCCCGCUGGGACUAUGACGCCAUCACCGCGCAGGUCUUCCAGUCGCAGCGCAGUCGCCGUGUUGUCUGGGAUGCUUUGAAGAUUGGCCACUUUACCAGCUGGGACCACAACCCGGAAGAUGACGGUCGUCAAAAGUACAUUCGCUCGACUAUUCCUCUCGACGACCUCGAGCGUCGCGCCCGCUUCCCUGCCGUUGAUGUCCACGGGCACGAGGUGACCACCAAGAAGGUGGUCAACAGCACACGCGCUUCUCAAUGCCCAAGCACCACACAAGUCAAAGCACAAUCUGGGGUCGAGCGACACGGAACAGGGUCUCGCUGCAUUUCUGAGCUUCGAAGGACCGUCCUUGUGUCCACCAUCCACACACCCGCGCCCGCAUCGUCGAGCAAACCCGAGCGCAUCGCGCGCGCGCACGCCUCGCCCACAAUGGCAGCCCUCAUGCUGGAUGAUGACGAGUUCAAGUCUCUCGAAUCGAUCGUGGCGCGCCUCAACCAGCUCAACGCCAGCAUACAAUCGUUACGCGCCGACAUUUUCAACGCCCACCCCCUCCCCCCGCCGGCCUCGUUCCAAGCCUCGUCGCAGAUCAUCCAGAAGAAUCUGCAGUCGCUCCUCGACACCAUCAACGACAAUGCGGUCCUCUUGGACACCAUGGCGAUACACCCGAGCACCAACUACCCGGGCCGAACACAGGAGGGGCUGCUGAUGAACCUGCUCCGCAAGAAGCUGGAACCGCAGAUGGAGGAGCUCGUCGACAAGGGACGGACGAUGAGCGACGAGGCCACCAAGGAGGGCAUGGACAAGAUGAUGGAGGUCUGGUCCGGCGUGCGCGAGUGGAUGGCGGAGCGGGUGCGCGAGUACGUGACCGAGGAGGCGGGCGACUUUUACACGAGGGAGGAGCGAGACGAGAUUGGCGUGGAGAAUGUGCGGACGGGGCUGAAGAGGGAUCUCUACGAGGAGGAAGACGAGGAGGAGGAGGACGAGGAGAUGGAGGGGGCCGAGUCGAAGCCGCCGAAAGCAGAAGCGCCCAAGGAAGAGGAAAAGGUCGUCACGAGGGGCCCCGAGCCCGAGACGCUGCUGUGGUUCAUGGCGCGAGGCGACUUUAUGGUACCACCGAACGUGGAGUAUGAGCGCAAGGUGGGAGCGUACAGGGGACUUCAAGGGGUGAAUAUUCCGCAGCAGACAUUGCAGCAGCAGGCACAGGCACAGGAGCAACAAGCACAAGCACAGGAGCAGCAGCAUGAGCAGCAGCCGAUGGGUCAACCAGGCCAGCCUUGA